UGGCAGGACGGCGGGGGCCGGCUGCAUUCCCUCAGGCCGGCGUUGAACCGCGUUUCUCUUCGCGUCGCUGCCUCCGGAGCUUCCCUGGCCUGCCGCCUCUCCGGGCGGGCUCUUCCCUGUCACGGCCCGGCGGCGAAGGGAUGUGGGUGUGCUGCCCCUGUGUGCUGCCCCUGCACGGGAGGUGUUUACUGCAGUGUCACCCCUAAACUGAAAGCUGUUGUUUUUGUGUUGGGAUGGGUAACCUGGUGUCUUUGCAGUGACUUGAAAUAGUUCAGACUUACUUAAACUGGAAGAUGUGGAGUGGGCUGUUACCUCCAGGACUGAAUGAAAGCGAUGUUGAUCUAAGUUCCGAUGAUGGAGGCGAAUCACUUGAUUCCUGCUCAAAAGAAGAUACUGAAAGACUUAAGGGGACUGGACAGGAGAUUAAUGCCAGCAGUGAAUCUAUUGUACCAGUGACAGAUGAAGAAACUGCAUCUCAAACGUGCCCUCCUGGAGUUUCUGUAAAUAUCUGGAAUAAAUUUGUGGAACUUCAGAAGAAACACCGUAAAAUGAAAAUGCAAAUAAAAGAGGAAAACAGAUGCCGAAAAAGAAAGCGACGUCGAAAAGCAAAACAGAAAAAGACCGAUGAAGUGGCUCAGAGUAGUCAGCAGUUGGAAAAUGAAGACAAAUGGAAAGAACUUACACAAUACUUUGGGAUCAAUGAUAGAUUUGAAUCACCUGUGUACAGCAGGGCUCCACAAAAGUCUGGCCUUGAAUUGAGCAUAGAGAAGUGUGUGGCUGAAGGUGACAUUGCCAAGGCUGAGGAGCUGAGUGACAGAUUAGCCAUUCGUGAGCUUGGUGUGAAAAUUGCCAAAGCUGCCGCUUGCCGCAACUUUGUGAAAGCCAAGCAAGAAGCAGAGGCUGCCCAAGAAGCUCAAAAGAAAAAGAAGCUUGCUUGGGGAUUUGAAGCCAAGAAAAGAUGGGAAACAAAAAGCAACAUGGGAUACAUGUAAUCCAUCCUGUUUUCUUCAGGAGUCAUAUACCUGUUGUUACUUGAAGAAUUUUUGUGGGCAGCUUAUUAAAUCUAAACAUAAAAGCCCCCCAAAACAAAACACAACACAUCAAAUGCUUUGUAUUUAUCUUAAUGCUUUUAAACUGCACUAUCUUAUUUUGGCACUCUCUUAUAAAACAGCAAAAAUACUAUCUAAACAUCAAUACUGUGUUAAAUUUUCCUCCUAGAUAUGAAACAUAAAGAUAAUGCAUUUCAGGAUGAAUUUGGAGUCUGCUUGAGAACUCUGAAGUUGAAAUAAAAUCCUUGGUCCAAAUG